GCAGGCAUAAUUCAAGCCAGGCUAAUGCUGCAUUCAUUACACAGUACAUCUGUGUGUAUGUGCUAUCUACUACCAGCUCGCUAUCUUACCCAUCUCACAGUGGUAGUCAACAUCCAGCCUUGCUCUCCAAUGUCUGUGUAUGUGCUUGCCAUAACUGAUAAAAAUCUCCUUUUUGUGACUGCCUGCAUGAAUACACCACCCGUCUCUUAUUCUGAGCAUAUUUUUACAUAAUCGUCAACUCAAAUCUCAUCAUCUAAUGCUGUAGUAGUGAUAACUUGCCCUAUAUCGCAGAGAGCUGUAUGAUACUCAACAGUUAGCAUCUGGCGAUAGACGUGCAUCGCUUGUUACAUAUCGUCGGCUGGCUAGUCGACACUCCUAGCUACCCGCCACCGUCGUGAUAGUGGCUUUACCUGCAUGCAGACAACAAGUGUCCGCUUAUAUUGGAAUCAAAUUGGAUCAUAUCAAAACACUCGCAGCAGGGUUUUUUUUCAUCCUUUCUGAUGAGAUAGGCCUUGGAUCCAGUACUUACGCGUACAGUGUUACCUGAGAGUAUCAAUUCAAGUAAAGAGGAUAAAGCAGCUACUAGUAUACAGGCCUGUUACAGAGGAUAUCUAGGACGUAAACUUUAUCUACAACUACUUCUAAAUAAAUUCAACAAGGAUGAGGAGCAGAGGAGGAAACACAUGUUAAAGCAAGUCGAGGAAGGAGAAUUAUUGCUUGAAAAUCACAGAUUGGAGGUAGAAUUCGAAGACAACAAGUGUGUCAGGAGAAACAGACUACAGAGAUAUGAGUCAAGGAUAAUCACGAUCCAACGUGCUUGGAGGAACUAUAAACGCAGGAAAGAACAUACAAGGAGAGGCACAUCAAAAGCAACUUCCUCUGGAAGUGAUGAUGAUGAUGACGACAAUGACGAUGAUGAUAUAGACAACGUUCACAAUGAGGAUGUAAAUAAUGGAGACAAUAAUAUAGAUGACAAUGAUGAUGAUGAAUUUUUAUCAAACGACGUAAACGGUAACCAGCUGUCGGGUGAAAGUGAUAUACAUUCUUCACAAAUUGACCAACAGAGGGAGACAAACCAAAGCGUGGAGGGAGAGGGAGAUAAUCAACAUCAGGAUUCAACGUCUUCAGGUGGUGAGAGUCAGGCAGAACCCAUUGGCAUGACAGCAGUGGGAGGAUCCAAGAAAGGGAUCGCCAUGCUGCAUGACCUGGGUAGCAGCGUGGAGCUGGAUGACAAAGCCUGCUACGAGACAUCACCAGAUACACCAAGCCGAAGACGUCAGGGAAUCAACCGCCUAAGUCUCGCGGAGGAGUUAGCAGCUAUGGAGGAAAGAAUUAUGGAGGAUUCGGUAGAUUUUGACUCUCAGAACGAGGAGAGCGACUAUUAUGCAAGCUCUAGUUGUGUGACCUCGCCCGAAGGGGACGGCGGGGAUGGGAACGAACACAUCGGCAAGAGACCAGUGGUGUCCCUGUCCAGGAAUAUAGGAGGGAAACAAACUCCCAGCCCUAGUGAAAUGAGGACUACAGAGGGCUCCCCUCACAUUGAGUCGUUUGACCAGAAUAAAAACACAAACGAUUUCAACGCAAACGCUUCUUCCUUCCUGAUGGAGGAGACAGAACUCAGCGAGGCUCUUGCAAAACUCAAGACUAAGUUAGGUACGGCUUACAUGGACAACGAGACCCCUUCCUCAACCCUUAAUCCCAUUUGUGGGGAGCAAAGCAUAAAUAGAGUAGGGGAAACGACUCCCAGUGAAAGCAAUCCAGUGACACAUUCAAUGACUUCCUCCGUUCUGUGCAGCACCACGACACUGACUCACAGUCCAUCUAGCCAAGUGCACAGUUCCACAGACACAACAAGUGCAACGGUUACGACGAGCGUGACGACUACGACAACAUGCAAUCGAGGCACGAACACACAGACUCUGGUCACGAGCACCGCCACCACUGCACCUUGUUCGAACUCUGACCCCUCCCUCAUUGGGAAGAGGUUGAUAAGGGAAGGUGGGGCGCCCCCUAGAGGUGGGGUAUGUAAGAGUUUAUCUGGCAUAGAGACAGCCUUGCCUGUGUUAGAUUGGGAUUCUCUGGAGAAACACCUUGCUAAAAUGGAAAGGGAAGAAGAACAGCAACAGAGUGCUAAACAGUCCCAGAAGAACUCUCGUCAGGAGAUCCUCCGCAAGCUUGCCAUGGGCGCCGACGAGGAGGCAGAGGGCGACAUUUACGGCAAGGGACGGGAUAAGCUCUCCGCGCGUCUCCAGGGCGGCAUGAACCUCCAGAUAUGCUUCGUCAAUGAGAACCUGGACUCUGAUGAUGAUGAAGGGUCGAAGGUCGUUGCCAUGCCAUCUAGCAGCACUAUUCCUGGUCCUAUCGUAGGCAAUAGGGACAGUCGUUACCUCUUCAGUCGGGAAUGCAGUGCAAGUAGUACCAGCAGUGCAGCUUCACCAAAGGCUCCAUCAGUAACCUUUGAAGAUAUUGAAGAUUUUGAAUCCAAGAAAGCACAACUCCAGGAAGAGGCAAGGAUAGCCUGGGCCAAGGCAGAACCACUGGCUAAACUACAGAUGGAACUAGAGAGGCAACAGAGAAAGACCUCACCUUCAUCAGACUUGUGUCAUUUAUCAGGUCUAGGUGAUCUACCGAUCAGUCUUCUUGGCAAGCGGUUCCAGUAUAAAACCUUGAGUAGAAUGUCCGUCAGCAAACUCCAAAUCAUCCUCAAUGAUCUUCACUCACAAGUUGAAAGACUAAAUGAGGAGCUGGUGCAGUGUCUGCUGGCGAGGGACUCCUACAAGAGGGAACAGGAGUCAAGACUCAUAGACAUAGAGGACCUGAACAGGUGGAUUAGAAUGAACUUACAGCAGAACAACAACAGCACGCUCAUCAGCAAAGAGUCUCUCGGGGACGAUGGCCGUAAACAGCGCCACCAGUACGAGGCUCUUCUACGUCUCCUAGGCAACACGCUGCCCGCAUCGGGCAAGAAGUGCUUCUGCGGGGUGAGCCGUAGCUCGUCCGUGGUGUCCAACCGAUCCGCUUCCAGUCCCGAGCCGGAUUCCAUCGGGGGUAUCAGACCAGCCCCCUUGAGCCCCAUCAGCCCGGGGAGCUGCCGGUCCGAGUCAGCUGUUAACAGCCUUACAGAGAGCCAUGCCUCCAGCCCCGAAAUGACAUGGGUUCGACAGGCCAUUGUACGCUACUGGCAUAAUUGACCACACAUAUAUCUCUCCCUCUUGACCUUUACCACACCCUUGCACCUGUCUACCAUCCCAAUGCACCCCUCUACCAUACCAAUACACCCCUCUACCAUACCAAUGCACCCCUCUACCAUACCAAUACACCCCUCUACCAUACCAAUACACCCUUCUACCACUUGUGAUCUACACCCCUACAACUCCACAAACUCAAGUUGCUGUUUGACUUCAAGGGACUCAAAUCAACAUUGUUUUUUGAGAUCCCAAGGUUUUUGUGAUAUCAUCUGAGAAAUAAAAUGAUUGAAAGUUUCUUCUUUUUUCAACUUUCAAUUUGUGUAAUUUUGAAGUAGUAUUUUCUAAAACUAUGACACAUCUGCAGGUGCUGAUCCAGUCAAAUUAGACAUAAUAGUUUAGAGGGGGCCAAAUAUUGUGCACCACAAGUAAUACUGGCUCUGAAAAAGGUAUUAUGUCCAACCUGGUUGGAUCUGCUACUGGAUGAGUGAAAAGAAGUAACAUUAUUUCCAUAGAUAAAUGCUCUAAUUCACCAGUAUUAAUAGGAUCUUGAUGUAUUAAUGUCAUUGGUAGUAAUAUGCUUGAAAUCAAAUAAGAGGGAGAGAUACAUGUUCUUAUAAUAUAGUUGAAAUAAAUUCUUCAUUCUUUGUCCAUUACAUUUCAAUCAUACAAAUUAACCACAUGCUUUUAAAGAAUACAAUCUCUAUAUUCAUAAGAAAUGCAUAUAUUUGUAUAAAAAAGGUAUUUAUUACAUAAUGUAUAGCAGUAAGAAUACAAAAUGCACAUCUUUUCAAUCAUGGGUUUGAUAAAAUGAUAUUGAUCUAAUCAUCGAGUUUUGAUGUGUUUUGAUGUGAAUUCAAUGCUGCAUGAGAAACUGUCUAUUAUCUAGUGACCACUUGCUUUAUACAUCACUGCUCUUUUGCUAGAAAGUAGUAGACAAACUUUAAAUGUUCAAUCUGCUGUAAGAAACUGGUAACAAUACACUUGACAAGUAUAAAUAAAAGUAACUUUGUCUAAUAGAAGCAACUUCUUUUCGUUUUAUCAGCAUCACACACUCAAAUUAUCAUUUUUACAUCAUUGUUUUGCUUGCUAGAAACUCAUCCAGAAUUUCAUAAAUUGAAUUUGCUGUAGGAAAUGAACUGGUGGUUUUGACCUGGCAAGUUACAAUUAUUCUUUGGGAUGGUUUCAUCAGCAUGAGGCUUUUCAUAAAGUUACACAUAAUUUUAGGAACAACUGAAAUACUGCAAGCUAAAUGAGUUCUAAAUCAUUUUUAAUCAUAUUUAAAGCUUAAAUAUGAUUAAAAUUCUUCUUGAAAUCAUUCUUAAUGCAAGCUGUAUUUUCCACCAUAACUUGAAUAGUCAAUUAUAAGAAAUACAGUAAAAAUUACUUGAAUUGUCAAUAUAUAUAUAUUUUGCAUCACAUUUGGCACUCCAUACUCCAGUCAUUUUUAAGUUAUCUGUAACUUUGUAAAACUCUUUAGGAAAUACCCCCUUGCUUCUAGGAUCCAAGAGGUUGAAAGAAUGAUUAGC